AUGUCAAACCGUCCACAAAUGAGCCUGGAGCAUGCACGACAAGAUAUGACAGGUGCCUACCCCAUGCAGGGCCAAAUUCAAGGCGCAUCGCAGCCCAAGCAGUCGCCUCUCGCUGACCUCGGUCGCAAUGGGUCGCAUGUUGAUGUGGGCCUCUCAGGUAUUCAGCGCCGAGAGCAAUCCAUGGGACCCGAUCCCACAUUCCCAUCCUUUCAAGAACAGCUUGAUCAUGCAGCUCCAGACUAA